CCUGCUGCUUGCUUCCCACCACCAUGGCACCCAUUAAGACGAACUGGACACGCCUCAUCCGCUUCGUAGCCGCUGAGACGGCACGGGUGCACAUCGGUGAACCUGUCGACGCCUCCCUCGACGUCGGCCUCGCUGCGCACAAGGGUGCUACCAUUCGUGCUCGCGAGAUUGUGGGCAAUGCCCUUGAUCCCGCUGCAGAGGUCUCCAACCGCGUCCUCACUGUCAAGACGCUCCUUUCGCCCCUCUCGCGAGAGCAAGUCAAGCUCGUGCGAUGCUUGGGACUCAACUACAAGGAUCAUGCAGCCGAGGCGAAGAUGGCUUUGCCGGCAUUCCCUGUCCUCUUCUACAAGCCAGUGACCUCGCUCAUCGGCCCUGGAGCGCCAGUUAUCAUACCGACCGCGGCCUGCCCGCCCAAGGACAACCUCUCCGACUACGAGGUCGAACUUGUCAUCGUCAUCGGCAAGACUUGCAAGGACGUCAAGGCGGCAGACGCUCUAGACUACGUCCUCGCGUACUCGGGCGCGAACGACGUGUCAUGCCGCAAGCAUCAAUUGGCGGUCUCGCAAUGGGGCUUCUCGAAGAGCUUUGACAACACGAACCCGUUUGGGCCCUGUUUGGUGGCGGCUAAGGCUAUUAGCGACCCGCAGAACGUGCCUCUGAAGACCGUGCUGAACGGCGAGACCGUGCAGGAUGGCACUACGAGGGACCAGAUCUUCGGCGUGCGCGAGACAAUUGCACACCUUUCACAAGGCACCACGCUCGAGGCUGGUACCAUCAUUCUCACUGGCACUCCGAAGGGCGUCGGCUUCGUGAAAAACCCUCCGGUCUACCUCAAGCAUGGCGACAAGAUGAGCGUCUGGGUUGGCGGCGGCAUCGGCUCGCUCUACAACGACGUCGUCGAGGAGCCCGCUCAGGCGAAGCUGUAAAGCCCGCUUAGGCGAAGCUGCAAAGCCCGCUCGAGCGAAGCUGUAAAGUCAACUCCUGAAGCGCGCGUUCAAUAUAUAUGUACCCUCCAUGUAAGCAUGUCUGUAACAUCUGCUAACCAAUUUGGAUAUCUCUCGCAAGGCUCGAA